CUUCGCUGGUGCUUCUUGAUAUCUGUAUUCCACGAAUAGUGCGCACAAUGUCAGUCUCUCGUGGUUAUCAUCACGUUAGGUUAGUGGUCUAUGGGACAUGGUUCAUGACAGCUAUUGGCCACACGACACAUUUGAGUCUGUAAGCCAUGAUAAUGUCCUGUUUGUACUCAGAAGUUGCAUAGUCGCCUUACGAUGAGAAGCAUUGCAUUUCAGUCUGUCGACGAUAGUUCUACUUUUAAUGUGUUUGCCUGGUCCCAUUAACAAUCGUCCAUAACUUUUAGCCUCACCACCCAUCAAACCAGAUCUAAUUCGUGGCGCCCCUCUUCCUCACCGCCGCUGCAAGCGUCUUCAAAGGAACUUGUACUCACGAUGGCUGAGACGAUACCGGAAAAGGUGCGAAAAAUAGAAGAGCACGUGAAUGAGACUUUGAGAAGUGAUUUGAAAAAGACUCUCGAUGCGGGAGACAAACUUUUCGCCGAAAUAUCUGAUUACUUACAACUGCUGACAAAUAGCCUGAAAACCAUGGUGGACAUCGGUUGCGGUAUGUAUGUAAAAGGAGUGAUUCCCUCUCUGGAGCCUUUGUUCGUCGACAUCGGUCUCGGUUUCUAUUUAGAAUGUAAUCACUCUGAGGCCCUCCAAAUCAUUGAAUCACGUAUUUCCUUCUUGAACGACCGUACCGCUGUAUUUAAGAAAAGAGCGAACCAAAUCAGGGCACGUAUAAAACUGUUUCUUGAAGGCCUGCGUGAGAUACAAGGUUUGACUUCAACACAAGAGUAUAGAGACGUUUUAUAACAACAGACGCCUUACACUGUAUGGGAAAAUUAUCGCUGGACAUUUAUAGAAACAGUCUCUAAGCUUGCAUUAUCUUGUCCAUUAUGGGCAGCCUUCACCAGACGUUGGACUAACCACUAAAUGAUUGGCCACAGAAACGUCAUCUCAUGGUGAUACAAAAGAAGCCUGUGCGUUCUUCUUUGAUUCCAUCAGGUCCAUUUUUGGUCACAUCAUUGCAAUCUCCUCAUAACUCGUACUAUUUUUUUACAUCGAACAUUUAAUCUUUCUUAUAGUGUAAACUACUUUCUUAAUCUGAUCUAUUCACUUUGACAUACGAUCACUUCACUUCCUAACCUGGUUUUUACCUAAUUAUUACAUUCAUUCUGGCGCUGCUGUUGGCUGUCCAUUUUGAUUAUAAAUCGCUUUCAUCACUCA